CAGCUCUUUCAUUUGCUUUUCCAGACAUCCAUGGUUUCCAGCUCUUUCAUUUGCUUUUCCAGACAUCCAUGGUUUGCAGCUCUUUCAUUUGCUUUUCCAGACAUCCAUGGUUUGCAGCUCUUUCAUUUGCUUUUCCAGACAUCCAUGGUUUCCAGCUCUUUCAUUUGCUUUUCCAGACAUCCAUGGUUUCCAGCUCUUUCAUUUGCUUUUCCAGACAUCCAUGGUUUGCAGCUCUUUCAUUUGCUUUUCCAGACAUCCAUGGUUUCCAGCUCUUUCAUUUGCUUUUCCAGACAUCCAUGGUUUCCAGCUCUUUCAUUUGCUUUUCCAGACAUCCAUGGUUUCCAGCUCUUUCAUUUGCUUUUCCAGACAUCCAUGGUUUCCAGCUCUUUCAUUUGCUUUUCCAGACAUCCAUGGUUUCCAGCUCUUUCAUUUGCUUUUCCAGACAUCCAUGGUUUCCAGCUCUUUAAUUUGCUUUUCCAGGCUCUCACUCUGCUUUAUUCCACUUUGCUGUGCUGUUGUUGUGGUGAACUUUUUUAAGGGCAGGACACAGUGAGGAAAGUCAGGGAUGAAGACAAGCAGAGUGAGUCUGACAGGUCUUCAGAUAAAGGGAGGGAAACCAGAAAGGGCGAGGUGAGGCAAGUAUAGAAAGAGGAUUAGAGAAUGAAAUCUUAAAGACGUGACGUCAGAAAGAUAAACCAGAUACACAGGAAAGAAUCUCAGUGCAGAAAAAACAUUUACAAACCAGGACUGAGGAAGCAGGAGGGAGCUGAGAGCCUCAGGACUCCAGGGUUAAAGGUAUUUCAAGAGGCAGCAAAACAGCUUUCAACAGACUGGGAGAUCAGGGCAGACAGACAGACAGACAGACAGACAGACAGGCAGGCAGACAGACAGGCAGGCAGACAGACAGGCAGGCAGGCAGGCAGACAGACAGACUCAAACACACGCUCCACCCAGAUAACAUUUGAAAACUUUACUUUGAUUCAGAUCGAGGCCGGGGUGUCAGAAUACAAAGAGAAGAGAUGAAAGCUUGUACUGCCACUCAUCAGAGCAACAGAAUCUGAGGCAACUUGCAUCUUGAGGCAACACACUUUUUAAUCACAAAUUUCCAGUUUGGAAGAGGCCUCACUGAAACUAAACCAGGCUGGAUUAACUGCAUGGCUUCCCUGUUGUGGCAGAACCCGGAUCCUGCGAGGGUCAGGAGGUUGGCAUCCCAGUCCAGGAGGGACAAUCUGUCCUCCCCCAGUUUGGAGAAACCCUUCUUCCCAUUCCCGUCUCAGAGAAGAGAGUCUAUGGGGAGCCCCCUGCCCCCCCCACUGGAACACACCAGCUCCGAGCUACUGGAGAGGGACCUCAUACUGGCAGCGGAACUGGGACAAGCCUUACUGGAGAGGAACGAGGAACUGGGAGCCAAGCUGGAAGAGAGGGACAGAGAGAUAGAGCUGCUGAAGCAGCAGUGCUAUGAGAUGAAGCUGAAGCAGGACUCUGUGGAUCUGGAGUGGUCUCAGCACAGGGCGGACCUGGAGUCGGACCUGGGGCUGGCAAGGGCCCAGCUGGAGCAGUGGCAGAACCAGGACCGGGAGAGGCAGAGAGUGGAGGGGGAGGAGCUGAAAGAGCUGUCCAAUCACAACCAGAGGCUGGUGGAGCAGCUUUCUGAGGCAGCCAGGGUGCAGCACGAGUUGAUGUCAGAGCUGCGAACACUGAGGGAGGAGUUUGAAGAGAGAGACAUGAAGAAUUCAAUCCGGACGGCCAGAAUAGAAGGGCUGCAGGCGGAGAAUGUUCUGCUGCUGCAGAGAAAGUCAGAAGCAGAAAAGCAAAUGAAAUCGCUUCAGGAAGAGAAUGAGAGGCUGCGGAGCGCCUCCGAGGCUCUGCGGGAGAAAGUGCUGGAGCAGCAGGAGAGGGAGGAGGAGAAAGAGAGAGAGGUGAGGACAGACAGAGAGGCUGAGGAGCAUCUCUGAGGCUCUGCGGGAGAAAGUGCUGGAGCAGCAGGAGAGGGAGGAGGAGAAAGAGAGAGAGGUGAGGACAGACAGAGAGGCUGAGGAGCAUCUCCGAGGCUCUGUGGGAGAAAGUGCUGG